AUGAUGCUCGCCAUCACGCCGGAGCAGGAGAAGCGAACAUGGACGGACAGCCUGGCCCCAGCCGCAAGCGCCAGGCGAGGUGCGGGUGCUGCCGGUAUCCAUCUGGACCCCUUCCAGCCCCCGAACAACUUCCCACGUCUUGGCCACGGUCCCAUGCAGCCCAGACCUUACAGCACUCCCCAGCCGCAGCACACCGCCCCCAGCCCCGGCCCCAGCCCCGGCGCGCAGCAGAACAACUCCUCCGACACCGAGUCGGAAAAGACCCGCGCCUUCACGACGUGCCUGCACAACGGCCUCGCGUCGGUCUUCCACGGGGUCAGGGGAAGCUGGACCGCCCUCGAGCAGGAGCUUGAGGAGCAGCGCAAGCAGAACGGCAUCAUGGAGCAGACCCUCGGUCUCUACAAGAGUGACCACGAUGAGAACAAGGAGUUGCGCAAGAAGUUGCGCGGUCUGAGUCUCGAUAUGCGCGAGCAGGAGCUGACAAUGUGGAAGAACUUGGACAAGCUGAAGAAGGAGCAGAUUGAGUGGUGCAGGCGUAACGAGGAGGCCGAUGCGCGCAUCCGGGAGCUUGAGCAGCAGGUGGCGGACCAGCGCAGGGAGCUUGAUAUCUACGAGGAGAUCAAGACCGAGGAGGGUGCUGAGGCCUGCGAGGAGUCUGAGGACGAUGUGGCUGUCAAGAAGGAGCCCUAG